CUGUAAUUGAGAUUGGAGAGGGCCACCUUAAGGGGAAAAUCACAAAUGGGUUUUUUCUUACUUAAUUAUUCAUAGAGGCAGUAGCAGACUGAGAAGGCCAAACAUUAAUUUUUGUGUAUAACAGCUGGCACAAAAUCUGUGCUAUAAUGUGGGUAUUUUCAAUUGCUGUGUCAUAUUUUAGUUUUAGUUUCUUACUGUUCUAUAAUAUAAUACACAUUCUUGAUAAAAAAAAAAUAUAAGCCAAAAUGGUCGAAGAAGAAAUCCCGAAGCCAACUGAGGAGGGCGACAACGUUGAGUCUAAUGUGCCAAAAAACCACAGAAGGAGAACGAGUAUUUACGACUUUGUUUUUAGCAGAAAGCGAGUCUCUGCGGUGCUCCUUAAAAGUCCCUGUUGGGCUGCACGGCGACACAUGGGGAAGUCGCGAGAUUUAAGUGAGUUUGAGCGGGGUAUGAUAGUGGGAGCCCGGAGCGCCGGCUGCAGCAUCUCGGAAACAGUGAACCGGUUAGGAUUUUCAAAGACUGCGGUGUCUCGAGUUUACAGGGAAUGGUGUGAGAAGCAGAAAACCUCCAGUCACCGGGGGUCUUGUGGGAGAAAACGCCUCGUCGAUGACAAUGGUGAGAGGAAAAUGGAGAGAGUUGUGGAAGCUAACAACCGCGCCACGAGUGUGCAGAUCCAGGCUCUGUACAACAGCAGCGGACAGGAGAAGCCCAUCUCACUCACAACCACCCGGCGGACCUUGAAGCGGCUGGGUUACAGCCGCAGGGCUCAGCGGCGGGAUUCACUCGUCCUGGCCGGCCUGGAGGCUCUAGCUGCGUACACAUCCUGCCCAGAACAGCGUGAGACCUCCACGGACUUAGUGUGCAGCAACGAGAAUGACCCGGACCCAAGAAGCCAGUCCUCCACAGACCUAUCGUUAGUGUGCAGCAACGAGAAUGACGCGGAUCCAUUGGUGUAGCCAAGAACUCGGUACCUUAUGGCGUCCUGUUAAUCCCACAGGCUGUUGUCCACUGGGUGCUUUUCUUUAUUAUCAGAACAAUAUGUAGGCCUAAGAGCUUAUAAUACAUAGAAUCGGAGAGUAUUUAUAAAAAUAAAAACUAAACAAAUGAAAUAGGGGGGGGAAAGGCUGUGUCAAUGUAACAAAAUAUAGGUUUUCACCUCGUCUUUGUUUUUUUUUUUGGACAAUAUUUUUAUUAUGCUUUUCAACACAAACACAGUCAAAUUCAACAAUAAUACACUAUGACCACAAGAACUAAACCUCUGACUUAGAUCCUUGACACCUGAUAUACAUAGCACACAACAUAUUGGAAGGAAUGACUGCACACCAUCACGUAAAUAUGUUGGGAACAUCUCAUGGCAUCUAUGCAUGUAUAAGGAAAUGCUCAGUCCAUUACAGGUCGACAGUGAUGCAACACUUAACAUCUGGAGAGAAAGAGGGAAGAGAAAGAAAACAAAAUGGGGAUUCAGUUGACAGAUAAACAUCCCACUUUAUGACCCAAAAAUAUAAUUUUGCCAAUUUUCAGUACUGCAAUCUGUCAUCCCCUUUAAUAGAAUCUUCUUUCUUUAAAAAAAAUGUAAUCAAGUGUAUAAAGAAAAUCUUUGCCCAUUUUGUUUCCUUCAGAACAGUUAAAACAUUUCUGUAUCCUGUAAUUGAAUAAUUGUCUCAGUCUUUCUCCUUAUAUCGAGGUCUAUCCAGAAUGUUGUCUGUUUACAAUGAAAGAACAGUGCAAAAUAGUUACAUUUUUCUAAUGAACAGAAAUCAGAAGAAUCUAAUCUCUAAACGUCUCCAACACAUGAUUUAUUACUGGAAAUAUCCUGUUCAAAUUUCUUAAAGAAAACACUUUAUUAUUAA